ACUGCCUUUAAAUUACACUGACACAUUAGGAAGUAAUCUCUAUGCUAAUGAUGGUAUAAAACUGUUACUGAGCUACUAGCUUCAGUGUGUUAGCAACAUUAGCAUUUUUCAAUACACCUGACCAUUAAGAUUUUCAUAAUGAAUUCUUUCUCUAGGCUGUGAAAUUAAUAACUUGUGUGGCAGAAUUCUCCUAAUUCUAGAAAGCUUUAUGAUUAGCAGAAUUAGCAGGCAGCCAUUUUGUGCAAAGACAAUCAAACAGUCAACUGGAAAAUGGCAAUUCAGUUACAGUUAUAUCUUUUGAUAAAUGUGUUGUGAUUAGCCAAACUUUUACCUUAAUUAACUUUAUAAUAUAAAGAAAUAUUUCCUCCUCUUUCCCCUCUUAUAUAAGGGUACUUAACUGUACCUUUGUAGCUAUAAAAAGUAUAAAUAUGACUGAAAUAUUAGGGUAAAGAAUAGUUAUUUUCAUGUGAGAAUGUGAGUGUACCUUUAAAAUUCGUUUAAGGAACAUAACUGGGGACCUUAUGGUAUAUAUGAAGGGUACAUUUACACUAUUUAUGUCUUAGUAAACACAUACGGUGUUUAUAGAAACCUGGUUUAUUGAGAAAUCGGUUUUAAAAAGAUUAUAAAAUUAAUGCGCGUUCUCGCGGCUCAGGCGCGCCACCGUACGUUUGUUACCACAGCAACAGGCUGAGGAGAACUUACCAAUUUAUUAUUUUGUUUUCGGUAAAACCGUUAAAUAUUGCCUGAAUAUUUCGAUAAAACGUCUUUAUAAUUGAGUUCUUUUGGGCAUUCGUCGUUGAAAAUAAAGAAGAGCAUCGAUAAAAAAAUAAACUGGCUAAUUAAGGGCUCUCUGUUCCACAGAUCACAGAUUUUUAAGUGAUCCACUGAACAGUUGAUCCUCGAGUCAUCGCAGAUUACCCAGCAGAGAGAAGAUGGAUAAAGCCUCCCCACAGAAAGCUUCUGGUGGAGAUGUUUUACACCAGAAAUCUCAGACUAUUGCUGAGCUGGAAAAGCUGGUGAACCGUCUGCAGAACGCCCUGGUGUCUCUCGAGGAGGAGAAUUUGAACUCGAAUAAGAAAUUAAAAGCAAUCCAAGGUCAAUACUAUGAUCUCAUAGCCAAGUGCAACGAAGAUGAGACGUAUUUGGACAACUGUGGCGAGUUGGAGAAAGAGAAACCGGAAGUGGUGAAAGACCAGGAAGUGGAGGAGAGGAAAAGCAAGGAGUUCAACAUGAGGGAAUAUGAAGAUAUCAGGAAAUGCAAUGAGUCUUUGGACUGGAGGAACAGGCAUCUGGUCAAGGAAGACAAUAUCUUAAAACACGAUCAUUUGGAGAAACAGCAGCUUGUAGACGAGGUGGUCCUGCUCCAAGAAGAACUGACCCAUCUAAAAGAGGAACAUCGAAAGGCUAAACUCAUGCAAACUGAUGACCAGAAACCGUUCUCGGACUCAACUCUGGAGGACACGAGUCCUGAUAUUGCGGUCUGGUUGCAGAAGGAGAACAGGGCGCUGAGGGAGAGACUGGAGAAGAGCUACUUGGUGUCCAUAAAGGCCCUGAGAAGAGUGGAGAACUUGAAGGAGCAGCAGGCUGAACUGGAGCGUUGCCUCUUCACCCUCCAGACCGAGAAGUUCCUUCUGCAGGAUGAAGUGAGGAAGCUCCACCGAGAGUACCUCCACCUCAGUAAGAGUGUGAAGCUGCAGCUGAGGGAAGGAACCACGUCCCUCCCAGCAGAAAGGGAUGUUUUUAGUUUGACUAAAAACCCAGGAGGAUCUACACACCAUAGUCCUCCACAGAGAGCUGGGACCUUUGGCGGAUGACCGAGCAGAAAAGGAUUCAGUUUGAGAAGCAACCACAAGUUGGAAUCGAAAUUUCUGAAUGAAUCAAAUUAUUUGAAAUAGAAAUAGUUUCUGCUGAAAAUUAUUUAGUACAUUUAGAUUAAAGAUCCACUUUCACUGAACAUACAUUACUCUUUUCGUGGUUCUGUUCUAUGAAAUAAAAAAAAAUCCCUCAUUUCUUUA